UUACAAAAUCAGCCAACCUCAAACUGUUUUUGUCUAAUCAGUUUACCGUUCGUGAUUAUCAGCAAUUCAACUUGGUGGAAACUGUAAAUUUAAGUGUACUUUAAUUUAAUUUGCAUUAUAAUGGAGUAUAAACUGAGUGUUUGUUUGUACGGUCACACAGCAGAUGUGAGAGCGUUAGCGGCGACUCACAACGGGUGCAUUGUCUCAGCUUCCCGGGACAAGACGGCCAAAAUUUGGAAACCUAAUGAACUGAAUGCAGUAUACUCAGAUGUUCAAACUCUGCAUGGCCACAGAAAUUUUGUAAGCAGCAUCUGUGCAUUGCCGCCAUCUGAUGGUUUUCCUGAUGGUCUCAUUGUGACAGGCAGCAACGAUAAAAUAAUUAAUGUCUACACUCCAGAGUGCUCUGAUCCUAUUUUAAAGCUGGAAGGUCACACUAACACAGUUUGUAACUUAAGGCCUGGACUUCAGCCCGCCACAUUUGUAAGUUCCUCCUGGGAUACCACUGCAAGACUUUGGUCCGUGAAAGACAAGACAACCCUUCUAACCAUCACUGGGCACUCGGCGGCUGUAUGGAGUGCAAUCCAACUGUCCUCCGGCAUUAUCAUAACAGGAGGAGCAGACAAAACCAUCAGAGUUCAUCUCCCUGAUGGCUCUUUCAAAGCAUCCUUAGUAGGUCACAAUGAUGUUGUAAGAGAUUUAGCACCCCUCACUGACACCUUAUUCUUAUCUUGUUCGAAUGAUGCUACUAUUAAGCAAUGGAACGCUGCCUCUGGUGAAUGUCUCGAAACUCUUUAUGGUCACCCAAAUUUCAUUUAUUGUUUGUCUGUUUUUGGAGACACAGUUGCAUCUAGCGGUGAGGAUAGAAAUGUCCACAUUUGGCAAAAAGGUCAAUCUCAGUCGUUAAUGCUUCCAGCCCAAAGCGUUUGGUGUGUAGUUUGCUUACCCAACGGUGACAUUGCUACAGGCUCCAGUGAUGGCAUCGUCAGAGUUUUCAGUGCAGACCCAAGUCGCCAAGCAGAUGAAGCCACUCUUGCAGCCUAUAACGAAGAAGUCACAAGUGCUGGAAUCUCAAGUCAGAAAGAAAUUGGCGGUGUUAAAGUUGCAGAUCUUCCAGGACCUGAAGUUCUUGUCCACCCGGGAACCAAAGAUGGACAAAACAAAAUGAUCAAUGAAAACGGUAAAGUGAUUCUUUACAGUUGGUCGAAUUCUAGUCAAGAAUGGACGAAGAUUGGUGAUGUUAUGGGCACAAAUGAUGGGAAGGAAGAAGCAACCACUCCUGGCAAAGUAAAAUAUAUGGGAAAAGAGUAUGAUUAUGUGUUUGAUGUUGAUAUCGAAGACGGUAAGCCUGCUAUAAAACUCCCAUACAACAAAGGAGAUGAUCCGUGGCAUGCAGCACAAAAUUUCAUCCACCAGAAUAACUUGAACCAACAGUUUUUAGAACAAGUGGCCAACUUCAUCAUCAACAAUGCCAAAGGCAGUGAACCAGCACCACCUCCUACUAGUAGUAAUUAUGAAUAUGUCGACCCGUUCACAGGUGGAGCACGGUAUAUUCCUGGAGGAAGUGCCACUGGCAACCCCGUCAAUAUGCCUCAAACAGACCCGUUCACCGGAGGUAGCCGUUAUGUGCCAGGUGGCUCUGUUUCUAAUGUGCCUGAAAUAAGUUCUAAGUUCUUCCCUCAGCGAACUUGCCUAUGUUUUGAAGCUGGAAAUGUAUCCCUCAUUAAUGAUAAAUUGGUGCAAUUCAAUGAUAAAAUUACAAACGAAUCACUGAAGUUGGACCCUGUAAGCCUUUCAAAAUUAGUCGAGAUAGCAAAUAGCCCAGCAUCAGUAACACCAGAAUUAUUCGCAGUGCUUCAAGUAGCAUAUCAGUGGCCUGAAGAACUAGUGUUUCCAGUGUUGGAUAUCACACGAUUAGGCAUCAGAAACCUGGCUGUUAACAGUGCACUGUGCAGUGAAGAUACCGGUGAUUUUCUUCUUAGCUCGCUCAAUCAGAAACUAUCCAGUCAAGUAGAUACAAACAGGAUGCUCGCUCUGCGAGUGUUCAGCAAUAUGUUGCAGCACCCUCCGGGAAGAGAUCUGGCGCUAAAGAAUAAAGAUAUGAUCUUGUUGUCCAUGUCUGUGAGUUCGAUGGACUUCUCAGCAGCAUCCAAGCACCUACAGGUAGCUGCUGUGACAAUAUUGUUAAAUCUAGCCAUAAUAUUCACUCAGCAGGGUAGUAAAGAUGACUUAGCCAAUACUCUUCAAGUGCUCUCUGGUAUUUUACCCAAGCUAUUGGAUCCUGAAGCAAUCUUCAGAGCUCUCGUUGCUGUAGGAACAAUCUUAUCCUCCGCUCCUUUGCUUAAAGUUAUGGUAAUGCCUGAUAUUAAAAACGCAAUAGAACAAAUCAGUCAAAAUAGCAACUCGGACAAUAGGCCAGGUAUCGAUAAGGUUAGAGCAUGUUCCCAAGAUGUUUUGAAAGUCUUGUAAAGUUAUUUUUCCUCCCUUUUUCUCAAACCUCAGCUUAAUUUCAAGUUAGUGACCGUUGUUUAUCUAAGAAUGAGUCAGUUUUAACUGUCAUAGAAUCAAGUCGCGGUCGAAUUUUAUAGCAAAGUUGAAAAUCUUGAGACCCACGUAAACACCAAAUUUCUAGACCCUAACAAUUGAGAUUUUACCCUUUGAAGAACACAUUAAGAGACAUUGCACUUAAAAUUUCUUUCACGAUACCUUUGUUCCGACAGUAAUUUGCUUGAUCGAACCAGAGUUACUUUUAUUCGUUGUUGAUUGACAAGACUAACAUGCAAGAAACUUUAGUGCCCACUAUCGCAAUAGGUGAUAAAAUCAAUCAUAUUCCACAUGAUUCUCAACUCUGUUUAACUUGGAUUUAGAAACCUGAUGUUCUGGCGGAUUUUACUUCCUGCUUAUUGUUAAGGUUUUAUUAUUGAAAACUAGAUUCCACGGCACGCAUGUUCUUCCGGCAAGAAUACACAUCUAUCAGCUUUCAGAGUUUCCCCCUCAACACAUUUAUUUUUAUUUUUGAGGAAUACUGCAGGAGUGCAGGACCUAUUCUUCAGAAAUUUUCACUGAAGUUUCUUUACACUGUCAAUAAAAUUUGGCGAAGUUUUCGAGCAAAUCUGUCAAAUUUUCCAGCUAAAAAAUUAAAGUGUCAGGGCAAAGUUGGCAACAUAGCAUGGUUUUUGUGAUAUUCUAUUCGGAAGCAGACGAACUGACACAUAACAGAACAGAAACAUGAAACUACUCAUUGUAAGUGUACUAUUUUCAAUUACUAUCGGUUGCUCUGCUUUAUUUCCGAUGUGUAACUAACUACUUAUCAGUUAUCUUUGACUCUUAGGCCACCGUAAGUUUCUGUUUUUGUCCAUAAAUUUAUCCGCUAAAUUCUUGUUAUUAUUUUGAUGUACCCUCCUAUCUUAAAAUCUGUGUGCAUAACCGCCCAUGUAUCCAGUAUACAAAUUUUUAAAAUGACACUGUUGCUACGCAUCUACCUGUGUCUAAAGUUUUUUAUAUCAGCAAGAUUAAAAUUGACCAAUUUCAAUUUUAUAAUCAGGAAAGUGAGUCUGUAUCAGACGCUAAAAUAUUCUCUGUCAAGAAUAAGUAUGGAUUCUCUGUAUAAUGUUAUGUAUUAUUAUGUAAUUGUUUGUUUUUUUUAUUAUUAUUUUUAUAACUUUUAAAGAAAAAUGAAAAGUUGUCAGCAAGUGCAACAGAAUUUAAUGCAUUUAUUUUUUUAUUUAUUUUUCAACCCUUUUUAUUCCUUUGAAACAUGUAAUAUUUGGAAAAACUGUUUUUGAAUUUUGAAAAAAGUCUGAUAAAGAAAAA